AUGUCGUUAUUUACCAACACUACCACAAAUGGAACCAGUAUUACCGCCGAGAACGCAAUUGAACAAUAUGAAGAACCAAAAGCUCUGUACAUUUUCCGUUUAACCCUGUUCUCCGUGAUCAUCUCGGCCAGUUUAAUCGGCAACUCGAUGGUUUGUUAUGCUGUGUGUACCAUACCUUCCCGCAAGCCUCUGUCCUACCAUCUCGUCGCUAACAUGGCCUUCGCAGAAAUUCUAAGCAGUGUUUGUUUGGCCGUCAUGUUUGCGAGCUGGCAGAAUCCAACUGACGUCGUUCUUCAAGAGGCCGCAUGCAUUUUGAAUCCGUUGCAAGUAGUUGCUCUUCUCGUUGUGAUCUACUCACUGGCUGCCAUCGCUUUUUAUCGUUACAGAUUCAUUGUAAACUCUCUUCCACGCGGACCAUUCGUUAAGAAGAUUACAAUUCUGACCAUAUCUGGGCUGUGGCUGUUGUCAUUUGCAAUCGCCUGCCCCUUUUUCUUCGGUCUCAGAUUUAGAAAUGGUGUAUGCAUCGAGCUGCCUGUCGUAAACAAUGAGUACUAUGUAAUAAUUAGAUUCAUCCUAAAUUACGCUUUACCUUAUGUGAUAAUGCUGGCAUCUUACGGAGCCGUGGCGUGGAACCUGAAUAGGCGGAUUGGACAGAUAGAAAAGAGGACCCGAAACUCGACGGUCGCAUCAAUUGACCAAAAUCAAGCUGAACUCGAAGUUAUGCAAGACAACGAGCAGCAAAGAUACACUCCAUGUGAGGAGAACGAAACAAAAAAAAGAAUGGUUGAGCAAAAGAGCCGAAGAGGUACUAAACACGAAACUACAGACUUGGAGAGAGAUUUACUGAAGAUGAUUUUUGUACUUAUUAUUACUUUUGUUGUUUGUUAUUUUCCUUAUCAAGCCCAUUAUGUGUGGGAAAGAGUUUGCAACAUCACUGCGUAUCAAUUUAAAUAUCAUCAACUCUUUAUUGAUUAUAAUUUUAUUUUGAUUUGCCUUCCCAGCGCCUUACAUCCUUUGUGUUAUGGAACAAUGAACAGUUUCUUUGCUAAGGCGUUCUCCAAAAUUAUUCUCUGCAAAUCCGUGCAAUCUUAA